AUGGAUAGAGGGCAGAAUGGGGAAGGCUUCAGGCGCAGGGAUCCAUUUGCUGGGUUUGUCAGCUUUGGCCCCCACAGGAGCUUGAUUUCUAGCUUCUUUGGAGGGAGGGAUCCAUUUGAUGAUCCCUUCUUUACCCGUCCAUUUGGGGGUCGGAUGAUGGGUGACCAUGACAUGUUUGGACCUAGCCCUUUUGGGCCGAUGGGAGGGCCUUUCGGGGACAUGGGGAAUGAUGGGUUCAUCGAGCAAGCUCCUUCUAGGGGUAACAGCAGAAGGCCUGUGAUCACAGAGGUUGAUGAGGAUAAGGCAGAAAAUGCAGAGCACGGUAACGAGCAACCCAACCAAGACUCUUAUGUUCAGGAGCCGGAUGAUGGGAGUGAUGGGACAGAAGGUGGCCAAGUCGAGCUGCACAGGGAUCUCAAUAGGGGGCUAAUAGUGGAGGGCAGCCGCAGGCUCGGCCAUUCCCUGACAAGGAAACUGAAUUCAGAUGGGAAGGUUGACACCACACAGACGCUGCACAACCUGAAUGAAGAUGAACUAGCUGGAUUUGAGGAAUCAUGGAAGGGGAAUGCUGGACAUUACUUGCCUGGCUGGAACCAAAAUGCUGGUGCACCUAAUAGUGAUAAUUCUGGUAACCGUAGCUCCAAUGGACGUGACCGGCGAUCGGCCUGGGGCUGGGCGCUUCCUGGGACCGAGCAAGGCCGUGAUCCAAGGCGCAACAGAAAGCCAAAAUCAUGGGUCAUCCCAAUCUCCUGA